CUAGUUGGGCUUUCAGGGCCCACGUUAACACCUGGCCUGCACUCGUAGAUACAUCAACGAAAACUAACCAAAUGGGUGCGAUUGAACUCCCUCGACUCCACAACUUUGUCUUCGCCUGUGCUGUGUGCCUCUCUCGUUGUAGAAUUCACAAGCUUAAAGAAAGUGAAUCAAAUGGCUGGUCCUAGGAUUGCUCAUGCUACCUUGAAGGGACCGAGUGUUGUCAAGGAGAUUGUGAUUGGAAUGGUGCUCGGUUUAGCUGCUGGUAGUGUCUGGAAGAUGCAUCAUUGGAAUGAACAGAGGAAAACCAGGACCUUUUAUGAUUUACUGGAAAAGGGUGAGAUUGGCGUUGUUGCUGAGGAAGAGUGAUAAUGUUCUUGCUUUGUGCUUUUGCUCUCCAUUUAUAGUCGUUUUUCUUUUGUCCUUCAAUAUUCAAUUGGCUCUUUAAAUAUAUAUGAGCUAACUACUCUAAGAUGAAAAAAAUAAGUUUCUUGCACUGAUUGUGGACUAAGUUUGCUUGAGAAAUUUUAUGAAGCUGAGUUUUAUUUCAUGCUUGAA